UCUCUCUCAUAUUUUUAUGAACAAUCCUUCAAAUAACGAACUAAAGAGAAAAAAAAAGAAGCAUAAAAUCAUCUUUAAACGAACCAAACCACCAUACUUCUUAUAUUCUCUCCACCAUUUUUUUCCUUCUGAACUCUCUCUGACACCUCUCUUUACACCCAAAAUUAUUCCCCCUUCUUUCUCUCUCCUCCAUUUUUCUCAAUCUAAUCAUGAAAUUCUGGAAAAUUUUAAGCUAUCUAAUCUUACAAACCCUACCUGAUUGGCGCGACAAAUUUCUCUCCUACAAAGAUCUCAAGAAACAAUUGAAGCUUAUUUACCCCAUUAAUGGCGAUCACGACGCUUCUAGACCUAUUAAACGCCCUAAACUUACCGCUGAGGAGAGAGAAAGCGACGCAAUUAUGAUGGAGGUUAAUAACUUUGUCUGUCUUUUAGAAGCUGAAAUUGAGAAAUUUAACAAUUUCGUUGUUGAGAAAGAAGAGGAGUAUAUUAUUCGAUGGAAGGAACUGCAAGACAGGUUACCACAGGCCACACACUCGAACGAGGAGUUGAUGGGAGUUGGAAGGGAGGUUGUAGAUUUUCAUGGAGAAAUGGUUCUUUUGGAGAAUUACAGUGCCCUUAACUAUACAGGUCUUGUGAAAAUACUGAAAAAGUACGACAAGCGCAGUGGUAACCUAAUACGCUUGCCAUUUAUCCAAAAGGUCUUACAAGAGCCAUUCUACACAAAUGACACCAUCUCCAAGCUUGUAAAAGAAUGUGAGGCCAUACUAGAUCGCCUUUUCUCACAAAACGAACUACAGGAGUCUUCCCGAGUGGCCAAUACAGAUGAAGUUUCCGAGUCAAGUACUGGCAGCACAAAGAAAGAAGGGCUGCUUGCUGCUGAUAAAGAACUAUCAGAAAUAGAACAUAUGGAGAGUAUGUACAUGAAGCUCACUCUCUCAGCUUUACGAGCUUUGAAAGAAAUCCGUGGUGGAAGCUCUACAGUGAAUGCAUUUUCGUUACCCCCGUUGGACAGUAGCACGCUUGAGGAUGAAACUUGGAAGAAAAUCCCAUUCGUAGAACAAGCUGCUAAGUAGAUUGAGCCAGAAUAAUCUAAUCCCUUUAGGUUGCGGUGCCGUCUGAAUUACACAACCCUUUUUUUUCCUUUGUGUGUUUGGUUCAAAAAUAUGCUGUGAGAUCACUGUCUAAACAUCAUUCUUUUCGGAUGGUAUGAAUCACUAUUGUACUUUCA